UGUGUGUGCCUGCGUGUAUGCAUGCGUGAGUGAGUGAACGAGCGACUCUCGCCCGUAUGAGCCGACCGUAGGCGUUGCGCCGUUCCCCGCUGUCAUGCGUAUGUGUGCGUCGUAUCAUCCGCGAUGCACACUCGGACUCUCGCGAUAACGCUUCUUCUCCCCUCGCCUGGACGCGAUUUCUUCCGCAGCCAAGCGUCCGUUCGUCAUGGCGACGGCUACCGGCCGCCGGGCGAUAACCAGCGACGCAGAAGCCGCGCGAGCGUAAUCUCUCGUGACGCACGGCUGGUGGAAUCUCGGUGAAACGAGACUUUCGUGAGUCGCAAUCGCGGCAGCCUCGGCCCGCGCGAGGUUAGGUUCGCGGGGGCUCCCCCUCGCGGGGUCCAUGCUGUGCGCGCGAGUAGGCGCCAUCGUGCGACCGCCCACGGAAAAAGGUAUAUUACUUGCUCGUACGUGGGCAAACGAGCGGCCGAUUCGGCCGCUGCCAGACGUUUAACCUAUACGUAACGUGUAUAAUCACGGACGGAUUUUUAAUAACUGUCGACUGGUAAGAGGUGAGAUGAAAUUGCCGACUUGGUUGAUUGAAUUUACGUUACGUUGGAUCGAAUCCAAGAUGUCGAAUCGUUCCUGACCCAAUCAUCAGGCGAAGAGAAAACACGAGCGCGUGUAUCGCGCUUUAUCAUUAUCGGAAACAUAACGUAGACUAUAAAAAGCGCCGCUAGUGAGUUAUGUCGAUCUUUUUAGCCAUCGCUGUCAGAUAUAGCGAAUUAUCAAACAUCAAGCGUCACUGUACUGUUUUACUUCCCUACCAGCGACAUCGCGUCUCUCUGGGAAAAAGUACAUCGCGAAUUCGUGGUUUUGUUUCGUCCAGUUUUGACCCGAUAGUAGUAUUAAUUACAAAUCUGGAUAAAAUUUUAUAUCUGAUGGUUUUUAAAAGCUAGAAACCCAUGAGUAAUUUUUACUCAUACUGAAAGCUUUAAAUUCCUAAGCCUAUGAUAUUUAUUUUAUCAUCUACUCAAAUGGAUAUCACUGUUUUUUACGAGAUAUCACUUGUAUGAGCAUAUAUCAGAUGUUGAAAAAAGUUAUCGCCAAACUUCAGGAAAACGCAGUAUUCAUCAAGAUUAGCGAAAAAAUCUUAGUAAACAUAGGUUCAAAAAUCAUUCGUUUCAGAGAUAUAUUUCCGUCUCUGAGUUGAUAGCAAAGUAACAUCCUAUACGUCGGAAAUGGAUCGUUUCAUCGCUACGGCAUACGGGGUGUUCGAAAAAGAUCAGGACCUUGAAAUAUCUAAAAUAAUAUAAGCUUUAUAAAAAAUUAUUUCAGACACAAAAAUUUUAAGGUGUAAAAAGAUCUUUUACAAAAAAUAUCCCAAAGUUCCGGCUUUUAAAAAGAUAAAAAAGUUGUAGGAUAUAAAAGAUCUUUUUAUAUUUCCAUUUACAAAAAAUAAUCCUUAUGGUGUCCCCAACAAUCUCUCAGUUUGUCGGUUGUAUUUGGGAAUACUCUCUGUAUUGAGAAACAUAUAUACGCAAUAAGCACAAUAUAUUUAAUAAUUUUUUCAUUGAUAAAAAUGUUUUAUAAUUUUAGAACGAAUAAACCCAUAUUUAUUGACUAUUUUGAUGAGUACUAUCCGCUCCUGAAGAGUUUGAUAGCAACUUUUUUCAACGCAACCUAUGAUAUAACCCUAGAUAUAAAUGUAGAUAGAGAGUGUACAGAUAUUAUAGUAUAUUUAUCCCUACUUUAAUCGUAUAGUAGGUUGUCAGUAUCUUUCUAGAGUUUAGGUUCCAAUGAGUAAAUCUUAUUCACGUUACCUUUCUAGGGUUAAGAAUCAAGUUAUAAAACUUAGCACUUAUCUUCAAUUAGUCUAGAGCAAGUUAUUCAUGCUAUAUCUUUAUCCUCUCACAAGUAAAAUUUUGCAUUUGAAUAACUUGCGUUAGACUCUAAUCGACCAGAUACCCGCGUUCUAAAAUGUGGAUAACUUUUUUACGAUUUAUUGGUGAAUCAGAGGAAUUCAAUUGAAAAUAUGCGCACGGUUGCGUAUGCAUAUAGUAUGCGUAUAAUUGCUUCCACAACUCGAGUUACGGCGAUAUGAAUUGUCCAAAAAACUUUACAGAAUAUAUAGCGAACACUGAGGCAAGGGAUCGAUUCGUCCCUGCUUACACGUAUGAUUAGGCUUGAUGCUAUGUGUACGCACACACGGCGUAUAAUGUGUGCAACAUGCAUGCAUGUAAGCAUGCAUUAACGCAAGUGCGCGCGUAUGGUGCACGUGUAGCACUCUCCCAGUUAGCAUGCACAUAAAUAAGCCUGGGUUAUAAACUCUAGACUGCGAUUUCAACGAGUGGCGCUCUUUACUCCGAGCAAAAGAUAAGUGUAUGCAUAUACAGUUGUUUCCCGAUGACCAUGACGCACUUAUCGUGCAUCCAUUCGCAACGUGUCAUAGUUCACGAAUUCUUUCCGCAAGGCAAUAAGUUGUUAUCGAGCGAUACCACGCUUUCUAGAAUAUAUGCGCCGUCGCUGACUCGAGACGCAACAUCCAUAAAGCUAGCCUAUAAAUACGAAGCACAAUAUACGGAAAUUGUGUCUUACGUCUCUCUCUCUCCCUCCCUCUCUAUUCCUCUCCCUUUCUCUCUCUUUCUUUCUUUCUCUCUCUCUGGCGGAGGCGCAACAGUGUGCCAAAUAUCAAUCGCUAAAUUAGAAACGCAGCUUGUCUACUUUACGGCCCGUAUUAUAUAUAGCCGCAUCGGAAUAGCAUGGACAGCUGUAGGAUUGUGAAACGAGGAGUUAACAACAUGCGUUUGCAUGUUAAAGUUCGACGCGGAAAGUAAUAAAAACUUAACGCCCCAAACAAGUUCUGGCAACGACGAUCGGCAAGAGUGAAAUGUGCUUAACAAAAUAAUGCGAAUUUUUGAACGACGGCCAACCUGACGAAAACUUGAGAGAAUUCUGGGAUCAGAUUCAAUUCUCUUCGCCCCCACGAUGCGAGACGUUUUGCAGGCGACUGCUUGUCUCGCCUUUGCCAAGAUGCCUGGACCCUUUCCUCGCGCACGAGCCAGACGAGAAGGCUGAGAAGCCGUCUAAUACACUUUUUGCCGAGAAUCACCGACCCUCAUGCCUUUUUUGCCUCGCGCUCGCUGCUAAAUUCGUGUAUUCCAACAUGCGCCACAGCUUAAGGGCCAUGGAUGUACUGGAUCGAAAGUGCAAGGUGUCGCAAGUCGAGAGACAUCGUUAAAUAGAGACCGUGUCUCUUUUCCUCCUCAUCGUUUCUAUAUAGAGAGUCUCUUCCGCCGGCCAUGCCUGUGCAUAAGUACGUGGAAGGAAGGAGAGUGCGGAAAGCGACGGCUACAACAGCCGUGUGAGCGAGCGCGAGGGAGGAAGAGAGAGAAAGAGAGCGGUCGACGUACAUCAUUUGGGCGCCGAGAAGUCUGGCGCGACCAGGCCAGGCCAGAGGCGCGUCUCUGGUUACGCGACUAUUUGGAGCGCCAAGCUGGUGGCCGCGGCGGUGCGGCGGGUGAACGGGGAUCGUUGAGAGAAGGACGGCGGGGCAGAAAGGAAGAAAGAGAGAGAGAGAGAGAGAAAGAGUAGAUAGAUAGGUAGAGGUAGGUAGGCGUCCAAGCGACGUCCACCAUACCGAAGAGAGGCUUAUACAGGGCUACGGCACGUGAGGGGAAAAGAGAGAGGUCGCCGAAGGGGCCUCCGCAGGCCACAUUCCAGGAGGACGAGAGUUUUCAAACAUGCCCAGCCUGCGUGAAUGUAGGUCCACGACCGAUCCUACAACGCACGCACACAACGAUAGCUCGUAGGAGCUGCAUUCGUCCCGCGUCUCGCCACUUCUCCUCAUCCAGCGCCCAAGCGUUUCCCCCUAUGGCGCGUCCCUUCCCCCUAGAGUGCUCUAUCGCAUACUAUGCAGACACAUAUACGUACACGUAAACCUACAGCUCUCCCUUCCCCUGCCCCUUCUCCAUCGUGCGUUCCCUUUCCUCGUCCCCCGCGACAACCCGGACGACCAGGCCGACCGAGCUGGCGACACCCUGUCUGGCAAGACCGGCCGGCGGACAAAAGAGGGGGAGCCCGCGCUACGUUGCCACGUCCUCGGUCUUCGUGCUGCGCCUACCUUCGGCCCCAAGGACAAAUCCGACGAGCCGUGCCAGCCACACUAGGCGACUGCCGGUCUGCCGCUACCUCGAUGCUUUUCCUCGACGCCCGAUAUUAUUCUCGAUAGAACUCUCGACACUUCCUCGUUAAAGUGGCGAGCGACAGAAGACGCAAACGAGCAAUAGGAAACGAGACGAAGUGAAAGACACGAGAGAGCUAAAAAGACAGAGAUUGUUUUGACUUCCUUUCAUGCAAAUUCAACGAAAGAAAAUUUUCAAAUGAAAUAAUGAUGUCAUUGUGAUUAAUAUUAUAACUGACAUCAUUAUCAAUUGCUCACAAAGAGAAAUUGGGAGACCGAUUCCUGUUCCAUGGGCGUAGGUUCAUGAAAUGCCUAAGCGAUGACGCGUGUCUAUAUCCCUAUACGAAGGCCGAUCUGCGGUGAGAUGGCAGGUGCCUUCUUUCCGUGAUUGCUGAGCGGACGUGUUCAAAAGAGGCUUCGCGGUGAUCGGCGAGAGCAAGAAUAGCCGCCGCGAUUCUUGGAAAUAGAGUAGGGUGCCUCUUCAGAGAAGCACGAGAGAAUCCUCGCCGGCAUCCUUGGUUUCUGCCGGUGGCGCGAAUCGUGGAAAUUUACGAGACCUCGUCCGUUUCUUUUUAUCGGUCUAUCUUGCUCGCGCGCUCGUUCAUCGAAGUAUAUGCGAGCGUGCGGCGGCUUGCGUCAUUGCCUCGCGGGUCUCUCUCCGCGCGUUCGUAUGCGUUCGUUGCGGCCUACGUGCGGCUAAGAAGAGACAUGGCAACGGCGCGUGAAGCUAAACAUAUUAACUGUCGGCUCACGCCACAAAAACAACAUGAUCUCAUUCCACGGCGCAUAUGCAAGAGGCUAGUGUAUACCUCAAAAUCUCAUUCAAAAGCGAUUCCAGCGGCACGAGAGACAAAAAGAGACAACCAAAAGCGAGAUAGAUCUUCCGAGAAAAGGAACAUGCAUGUCAAAGAAAGGAUGGAGGAUUAUAUAUAAAGAAAAGUAUAUUUUGUGGAAAGUGACACUAAAAGAUGUCCCACAGAUAGUUGAACAAAUGCGUUUUAGUGUUAGUAAAAGAAUAAUAUUAUAUGCAUGGCAUCGUACAACGAUGAUACGAUUCCAAUUCCAGUGAACCUGCUUGCCAGUGACUGUAGGCUAACACGGUCACAAGCGUUUUUCCUGGAAAAUCCCUUCACCCACCAGCUGCCUUCUCUGGCUGUAAAAUUUCCUGUUAUAGCCGACCAGUCUGACGUACGCCUUUGAUGUACAUACCGCGGCGCCUGUAUCUCGUACGACAAACGUCUACGACCUAAUCUAAAUUAUAUGCUUGGUCUUUCAACGAACAAGUCUCGUAAUUGAUUACGAUCGGUCGCGAUUUUCAUCGAUAGUGCCUCGGCUUCUGAUACCUAUACAUGCGGUCGCGGUAACGAUAAGCAUGUAACAGAUUGUAGAAAAGCUCGGGGCACUACAUUCAGUGCGUAUUCAGCCUCGUGCAUCGGGAAGCUGAACGGAGGCACAAUCGGCUGUUGAGGAGAAAGGCGAGCAAAAAUCGAGGCUCCAUGCUGGCUGCCGCGGCGAGCUGCUAGGCGACGGCGGCCGGCAGGCAGGCAGGCAGGCGUCAGACAUCCACAGCAGACAACAUGGCGCCGAGAGCGCCGUCGUCAUGCCGGCGUGACGUUUCCCGCGCGUCAUUAACGGAAGUGAGCCCAGAAAAUGGCGGAGUUUUACGGCGCUGAGGUGUGAAAGGGAAGAAAGAGGAAGGUGGAAGGGGACGGUGGGGCGCCUACGUCCCGUGGACGGUCAAGCAGGCGAGCGAGGUAGGAUGACGGGAGAGAUUAGUCGAAAGGUUAGGUUAGGUUGCUAACGCAAAGAAAGAAGAAUAACUGGUAGCCGCCUUCGGCGGUGGACUAGCGUCCGUACUGUACGAAUGAGGCAACGGGGUAUUGAGGGGGCGUCCACUGGAUAGAAAAAGAGGAGAUGACAAAGGAGACACGUUGGACGGAGAGAGCGUCAAACGAAGCAGAGGGCUCGAGUGGGGAUACGUAGAAGAGAGGCCGAGAGAGUGCGAAUGGAGAGGCUCGAGCGAGUGAGAAAGCGAUCGGCGACGGUAGAGGGGAAUACUGUUCUCAGUGGGAAGCGGUCGCAGUUCUCGCGCCGGUGUGGUGGGGCUGGAAAUUAGUUGCGGCAUCUACCAAGACCUAAAAGGAACUCCGGCGCCGUACGGCCAAGCCACUUCGUGCAAUGUUACGCGUCAAGGUAUACUCGUGCGUCGUUCCCAGUGCCGGUUUCAAAGCUCACAGUGGUUGCUGUCGUCUCUGUCGUCACUGUUAUAGGCGGACUCGUCGUUCUUGCGGUCAAUUCGACGGUCGUCGUUAAAUGUGUAAUGUGUUAAACGAAGACACUAUGACCUGCGAUUAUGGUGUAAGUAAGGUACUCAGUAAAGAUAGUUCAAUACAAAUAAUGCACUCAGAGCAACAGCAAUCAGUGCAUCGACAACAACAGCAACAAAACGCACGAAAAGUUGGCGUCAUGGGUAGUAGACGUAUUUUUCCGCCGUCUUUUAAGCUCAAAGUUCUGCAUUCCUAUAGGAAUGACAUGGACUGUCGCGGUAAUCAGCGUGCCACCGCACGGAAAUAUGGUAUACAUCGUCGGCAGAUCCAAAAGUGGCUGCAGUGUGAGGAAAGUCUGAAAAAUUGUGCCGAAAACGGGAACACCAGGCCGGCCUCUACGUCGACGACAGAUUCUUCCGCGAGUGUUUCAAAAUCAGAUAGUGCGACAGAAACCACAGGCCCUGCAGGACCUGCUGCUGUUGCAAUCCCAGUGGCGCCGGCCUUGAACCUUAACGUUGCCAGACUGCACGGCGACGAGCUGACUACACAGCAGAAGUCCCCGCCCCCUGCUUCCCCUCCGCAUCUUCCGCGUUGUAGUACAUCCCCUUCGACCCGCCUUCGGACUGUUCCCAAAAGCGUGUUUUUACAAAGCGUCGGGCCCGUGAGAUACUCACAAUACUCUUCACCGUCCGACCGAAAACAUCUAUAUCGUAAAGCGGAGGACACGGUGCACAAGCAAGAGAUUUACUAUAUGGACACAAAAAUGGAUCGGAAUCGUGAUCACGGAGACGAACCAACAACGCAUGUGGAAACAACACAGUUAGUGCUCAGUGGUGAUAGAAAUGAGAUAGUGCCACAUGAAGAUGUUAGGAUGUACUAUUGGCCAUCAUCCGCCGAACAUAAGUAUAUUGUGAACGAUAUCGACGUGAGUGCCCAUCCUCAGUGUCAACAUCAAGAGCAUCAUCACUCGCCGAAUCAUUGUCCACAGAAUUACGGAAACGUUGACUUAUUCAACGGACAUUUGUAUGAUUUGAUAGGAGCACCGUUGAUAAAGACUGAGCCAGCUAGCCCAGACUCAAUGGCGACGUCAGGGCCGUACGAGCCGGCCGGCUCGCCUGAUGAUCAAUGGGCCCCACAGUCGCCCACGGUAUCACAUCAAGUUGCCAAUAACAGCAGCGGCUCCUCGUCGUCCGCUCACUUUAACUCCGCGGCGGGCCCCUCAUACGUAGACGUGCACGUGCAUGAACGCUCGCACACGCACACGUUUUCUAGUACGCCGUACCCGUUGUCGCGCCUGCAUCAGCAGGAGAGAGAGUCGGAAGAGAUGACGAGCUACACCAAAGAGGAGGGAGAGCAAAAGGAAAUGUUAGAGCAUUACAAGAAAGUGAUUAAAGAAGAGAAAGAGGAGUUGUUUGAUGUUGAGGUAUACGACGAAAGACAAGAGGACAACAAGUCCCCGUACAUCGACGUAACCGGCUAUACAUCGAUGGACAGCUCGUCUCUGGGAAACGCACCCAUAAUCGCGCCGGAAAUCGAACUGAUUGAUCUGGAGGAUCAAUCGCCGAGUUCUAGCGAUCCUGCCAACUCCGGCGGAUCCAGCAGCACCUCGUCGGACAGUGAGAUAGAGUUCAUCGAUUGUGUUGCCGACAAUCAAACUUCAUCUGAUAGCAUUCAAACUCACAGACAGCAACUUCGGCGAUCUUUCCCCUUGCGCUUCAAACUCAGCGUGCUCGACGCCUUUCACAACGACCCCGAUGUGGCUGGAAACCAACGAGCCACCGCGAGAAAAUUCGCCAUAAACCGUCGCCAGGUGCAGAAGUGGUUGUUAAAGGAGACGGAACUCAGGGAAGAGAUCACACUUCGAGGGGACUCGCGUCAACGACUAGCUCCUGCCCGGGAAGUUUUCGUCGAAUCGCCUAUAGAUCUGACAGUAAGCCAGUCUGCUUCUUCGGACCACAGUCGGCCUUCGUCUGGUACAGGUCUGGAGACAGAGUAUGAGCAAUCGCCGAAACAUUGUUGUGAAACCCUCACUUCUCAACAUCGUCCAUAUUGUCCUUACAUCGAGGUUCUUACAUCUGCCGAGGCAAUAGAGUCUGUACAACUAUCUUGGAUUUUACCUUGCUACGCAGACAGACAUACUACAACAUCGAGAACAUCUUCCUGCCAGGAUCUGUCUUUAAGAGGAUCUCACAGUGAAUCGCCGAAUGGUCUGCACUGCUACUCGCCUAAAGAUUAUUCGGAAUUCUACAAUAAUCCUGAGGAACCCCCACCUUCCUCGAAGAGGCAAGCUUCCUCAUGGGACAACGCUCCUUCGCCGAAGAGAUUUUGCCCAGACGACACGGCUUCACGAAACACACCCACGCAACAAGAUAGACCUCUUUGCCUCGUAAAGCCGAAAAGAGCUUGGCUAAUGGCCUCCCGAAUGGAGGCGCUUGCUAGAUCAACUCGCUCUGAGUUGGACGCAUCUCAGCCCGCAUCAACUUCGGCUACGGAUGACGGCAUUCUUUACAAACCCUACCUGGACAAUCCUGUAUGUAGGCCCACGAGUAACUACGCCUACCAACGCGACCCAUCUCCCAAUACUCGGCAGAAUAUUAUCAAUAACAAUAACAGCAGGAAUACCAACGGUGGAGUUGACGAGAACGACAUCAUUCACUCCCCCUACACUUGCAGCACGAACCAGGACAGGCCCUAUUUCAACCCGCGAAUGCCGUGCACUUGGGGUUUACCACUACACCCAUGCGCCCAUGCUACGUGCAAUUUUCAACAAACCAGUGACACAUUUAUCAGGUAUCCAUUUACCAACUAUCAAAACCCUAUUAUGCCUAGUAAUGGUGGCUUAUGCAACUCUCGUCUUCAGUUUCCUUACGAAGCGCGAACAACGAGAAGUCAUGGUCUCACGAAUGCGGUGAUCGAUCACAACAAUCCACAUGGCUUUGUGAUCUCGGGGCAACCGCAUCACCUCAUCGUAGACCAGGAAGAAUUGUUUCACGAUUACGUCAAGUCGCUGUGUAGUUAAUUAUUCUAAGUACACCAAUAUUUUCGACCGCUCGGGAUAAGAAUUUGCCGGUGAAGAAUCGAUCUGUACGUGAUCCGCGACACGUAGCGAGCCACGUAAGCGCUUAUCAUUUCCGCAGAUCGGCCGGUGUCGCGUUAUACAUCGCGAUAAAGUCUUAAUCGGCCAUUGGACGAGUCGAGGCGUGGAAGGAGAUUAUACAUGGUCGCGUCCUCGGCUGGCGUCUUCUUCCAAUUCCGCUAGACUUUCUCAAUCUCCUCCUUCCUACCCCGCCGUCUCGUCUCGUUUCACAAAAAAUCGUGCAGAUACCCCGGCAGAUUCUUUUUCGCGGUCUUAUCGUCGAGAUUAGAGCCCGCUGGUUAUCGGCUAGGCCGUUUAGAGGUCGAAUGCGUUCGCUAUAAUUAUAAAAUUAUGUCAGCGUGGUUGUCCGUUGCGACGCAUCCAAAGGAAGAAAAUCUGCGAAAAGAAUUGUUCAGGCCAAAGCUACAUUUCUCGCGUGUAACGUGCCACGGAUUUGUUUAAGAAAUUCCGACAAUUUUGAUGUCCAUGCCGACACGAGAAUCGUUUUCGGCGUUAUUAGGAGUUUUCCGGAUUUUCGCAUACAUUGCUUACUUGUUAAGGAAUCACGAGGAAACCAGAACCAUCCUCUGGAUGAUUUUAUCGUGACUGUAGCUGCUCCGUAUUAUUUGACGAAGCGUCAUGUGACACGAAUUCUUUUGAACGACGGUUUCUUUCGGUGAAAUCACAUUUUAAUAUUUCCAUGAUAUACUGUAUCAUUUUCAGUCCAAUUUCGGUUUUAGUUAAUUAGGGUAGUUUAGUUAAACUUUUUUCUUCUUUAGCUUUAAUUAUUUUAGUGUAAUGUGUAAUACAUUGUUGAGUCUUAAGUAUAGUUUAACUUCUAUAGUUUAGUUUUAUCGAUUUAGAUUUCUUGAAAAAAAAAAAAAAAAAAAAAAAAAAAUUAUAAAAAAUAAAAAAAAAUAUAUAAAAUUAUAAAAAUGUAAAAAAAAAAUGAUUAGAAAAAUUAAAAAAUAAGAUAUAUUCAAAAGUAUCAUUAAAUCGCGUGAAAUUAUAAAAAAAUUAAAAAAUUCGAAACCGUCAUUAAAAUGCACCAAAUUACCAAAAAAAAGAAAUUCGAACCAAAAACAAAUAAUUAUUAAAUUGUAUAAAAAGAGGGUAUCAAAACAUAUACUCUAUCAUUAGAUCGCAUGAUGCCAAAGUUGUCGGAAUUUUAUUGUUUUUUACAGCAUAAUACAUAAUAAUUUGAAGUGAGCAUGGAACAUUCCCAUCAGGUGAACAUUGUUUUGUUUUAUUAGAGGACAUUGAACAAAUUUAAAUCUCAUUCCGUGAUAUUGCUGACGAAAUCUCCCUGGCAUAUUUAUAUUCGAGCAAACAGUCAUUUCGGUUUCUCAUAUCGGUGUUUCAUAUCUCGCUAGUAAAGUACGGAUGCAUUGCAUCAGACAAAAACGGGAAAAAGUGAAAAUGAAAAAUGAUUUCGGGACACAUUUUCCCGGUGUUCCACGGAAAGCUACGUCGGAAAGAAAUACCGGCGGGCGUUAAUUGCAUAACUUCUUGGUAACGCGACACGCCACUUCAUGAGAGAUUUUCCGCGUUCUGGUCGCGCGCACUCACAUUCGUCACCGACCGCGAAUCCGCAAUCGAUCUCUGCACGGCGAUCAUUUAAUUGCUCAAACAAUUUCUUCCAUGUGCGCAACACGCGCGAACUACUUAGUAUUACAACACUAUCCUUGCUCCCUUAGAUCCCGCGACUUCAGUGUCCGGCCUAACUAGCCGAACGGCGAAAUUUUCCAGAAAAAACCUAAUGGCAGAAUUAACGGUAAAGUUGUCAAUUAUGCGCCACUUGUCUCAUCCCCAAAAACUUUUCGGUCUCGUUUCUCGAGAAAAUAUGUAAAUAGCACAUUGUAUAUACAUUAUCACAUUGUGAUAUUUUUUGAGGUUUUCACUGUGUCCAUUAUUAGAUUUAGUUCCCGUUUGAGCCGUGUAAGUUCUUUUUUGCCUUAUUCCAACGUUUCGCGGACAUUUCAGCUCAUCCUUCCUGAUGAAGCGAAAUGUUCGGAGGCAAAGAGUUGCUCAUGCGGCUCAAACCCGGAAACCAAAUCUAAUAUUAUCAUGUCAAUCAUGAACAUAGAUGAUGAUACAUUACGCCGCACAAUAAUCGGCAAGGUCUGAUAUGUUAAGUAAAACACAUAGAAAGGAUUGAGAAGACGCACGAAUUGAAAUACAAUUUUACCGUUAAUUUACAUCGUUGGCCAUCUAAUUAGACGGAUAUUGAAGGGAGGACUUUCAUUUUUCGGUAAUUGUUGUCUUUUUCCUGUUUUCUCUUUUUCUUUUUUCUCUUUUUCUCAUUACCUCUUCUAAUAAACGCGCGAGAAUCGUUUGAUUUUUAAUUAUGCGUAGAGAGAGAAACGCUGCCUGAUCGCCGUCGGCCAGCUUUUUACUUAGCAUUUAAUGUAAAUAUCAGUAUCAUUAUUUAGAAAAAUACGAUCUAAUGUUCUCUCGCAGAUAAAACAGGCUAUUUUUGUACGAUCGCUCGGUCGAGAGAAUCAGUGAAAAGAGAGAGAAAGAGAACAAGAGUAUGUGAGAAAAAGAAAUAUUUGAAAACUCGAGGCGAUAUAAGUCAUAAGCACUUCCGCCAGAGACCACCUCGUGUGCCUUUAUUUCGUAGAUGUAAACCAAGCCAGAGGCGAUCACGAUGCAUUGCAAAAGGACGUGCGCACGCACGUAGAUUUAUUUGCAAUCGUAUAGCAGUAAAUAAUCCGCGGAAGACCAUAGAUUCGAUAGAUAAGAGCGUAGACGAAUUCGCUCGCCGUGCGCCUCGCUCUCAGUGUAUUAAUUUGCCAAAUAAUGACAAAGACUGAUGGCGCGGUACGCUGUGCACGCGAUUAAUAAUUCGCCCGUCGAUGGGACAUUUGAGAGCGAACGGCACGUCAUCGCGCUCGGCGAAAUUCCCGGUCGAGGCGAGGAGGAAGGAUCAAAAAGACACAUACGGCUAUGCUGACAAAAUUCACGUGCCUUAUAUUGUUAUAUAUAUAUGUUAGAGCGUAUGCGGCGUGUAUCAUACCCUUGGUUUUAUACCAGCGGUAUGUUGUAUAAUACGACAUAAUAUUAUAUAUAUCUCGCCGAAAUAUUGUAUAUAUGUAGCGUAUGGGAGGGAAAACGCGACGGCAAAUCGCACGACACGCGUGGGGCGGCAAUCUCAUGAGAGAUCGCGACGUGAGCUCUCGCAGGAUUUUGCCGCAUUUUUUGUUCUCUCUACGGGAUCCCAUGUCGGAAUCGUGUGAGUUCCCGUUUAUAGAUUUAUCGUCGCGUGCCGGACAAAAAGUCGGGGUUACACUCAGAAAAAAAUACUUGAAAAUUUAUUUGCGAGGUAUAAAGUUGAUUCGAGAGGAUAAACGUUAUUUCAUAGGGACAAACUUUAUUUUAUAGAAGUAAAUUUUAUUAUUUUGUAGAAAUGGACAUGAUCUUUUUACAGAAAUAAACUUUAUAACUGUCAAGUAAAGUUUCAAGUAUCUCUCUCUCAGUGUACGAUGAUUCGAGCGAGAUCGAGAAUCACACGCGCCUCGUAUCAAGCCGAGUUUAUCGUAAAAAAUGUUGUACAUAACAAAUAGGUUUCGAUGCAAUAUCUCCGAUGCACGGCUCGAGCACUCCUGUCGUCGAAAGUGUGCUGAAAGCGUGCGGUUGGACAAUCAACAACGAUAUAUGAAUGUCCUUGUCGACUUGGGGCGUCUCUUUCCCUUGUUAAGGGGACAAAAAGACAAACAACUAAGAAGCAGGGGGUACUUUUAUGAGCCUCAGAAAACCUUAGAAGUGAAGGAUCAUUGUGAGGAUUUUAGACCAAGUUCCAUAACAUCCGUUUAAUUUUAACUACCAGUUAAGUCCCAAUAGUGAUUGGUUAAUUCUGAUUGACUCUUCUUAAUGUCAAAUGCGAUUGGUCAAGUUCAUUGGAAUAACCAGCCAGUUAAGUUAACUGAAGGUUGUGGAACUGGGCCUUAGAAGUCAAAAAAGAGAAAGUUACUUUGAACAAGUAGUGAAACUUUUUCUCGUGCAUUUUCUCUAUUCAUAAAUUCUCUAUUCAUUGUGAGUGUUUUUGUGAAAAACGAUACAAAUACAUUGCGGCUGUCCUUUUUCUUUAUCGUUUCGUUUUUGUGUCUUUGUAAAGAUGACGCAUUUACAAUAUCUGCUUUCCAGUGUUAGGACCCGAGAAGAUAACAAGAUAAAGAACUCGAGAAAAUAUACUGAGAAAAGAAAUAUUUGAAAAUUUAUUUUGAAUAUAUAAUUUAUUCAUAGAAAUAAACUUUAUAUUCCAGAAGUAAAUUUUCAAAUAUUUUUUCUCAGUGUAUAUUAGGAUAGAAAAUCGUUAAAGUGCACAUUACGAAAUCAAUACUUUUCAGAUGCUCGAUGCUCAAAGCAGCAUUUACCAUGCCUUAGCGUCACUUGAGAAUUUGUUCGGAUAGUCAAAAUUACUUGUUAAAGAAGGAAGUAUAGUUUAUAUUACAUACAUAUAUUAUAUAGUUUAUAUUACAUAUAUAUUAUAUCGCAUAAAUCGUGACCUUAAAAAAGAAACUUAUCUCAAAGUUGCAAUUUAUAAAAUUACAAUCUUCAUUGCGAUUUCUUUCCCGACGCCGGGGCUUCUUUCAGGCAUGACACGGCUGUUUCAAUAUUUGUGAGGAAUUUGAUCGAUUGAUACGUGGAAGUUGGAAAAGAAGCGCGCCGUACUAUGAUCGCCUACCUGUUAGUAUCGCGUGUGUGUGUUUCUUUUUUUUCGAGCUGUGAGCUCGAUAUCGCUCGCAAUCUAAUGUGUGAGCUCCUUUAGCAUCAGCCAACAAUGAUUCACAAAGGUUUCCCUCUGAUAAUUCGCCAGCAAGGUCGAACGCGAAAGAACUCGCUUAUCUUCUCGAGAAUCGCGGGAAUGCUCAGCGGACGCGCGCGCGUCUCGUCGACGGAUGGCGCCGAUUUUCGCGCACUGGCAACGCGCUCAUAUGAGUGCGGAGGAGCGACAGUUCCAGGUCGUUCCUCUGCCUGAAGAAGCGAACCGGCAUUUUCGCGAAACGUCGGAAGCAAAUCCACGAAGAGCCCGGCCUAAGCCAAAUCAAACGGUGCAUUCAUAUAUUUGCGACGAGCACCUGCACGCGAUAAAGCUAUUGUUAUUCCCGUUUACGUUUCAUCUUCUCCAUGCUGUACGCGUGAAAGUAAAUAAACGAACUGCCCGGAAUUAGGUGCAUAAUCGGCCACGAUUAUUCGCGGCCUACUAAUUCUCUCAGCCGGUAAAUUCGCACGUGAGAGGUAAAAUGGUGUCUUCCGCUGUACGAAUCCAAUAAAGUCGCGUCGGGCUUCGCAAGUUGAAAAUCGGUGAGCUCGUUUCACUACACAGAAUAUAUGCUGCAUUUCAAGUAAAUAUUACUUAUUUUUGCAAGUAUUUAAUAACUUUAUACAAAUCUAUACGGAAAAGAAAAUUGAUCAACUUUUGGCCAAAUACAAACGAUUCAGAAAUAUCGAUUAAAAGUAUCAGAAUUCCUGAAUCGUUCAUAUUUCAUCAGAAGUUAGUUCGUCCAAUCAAAUGUUUUUUUCCCGUUUAAGUCCAUCAUAAACAUCAAAUUGACUCAAAAUAUAUUCUAAAUGUUAGCAUUUAGACUUAGCAUUUCAACCAAGAAUAUUAAAUCAAAAUAGAAAAUCUACUUACUACAUACAUUGAAAAAAAAAAUAUUUGAAAAUUCAUUUGUGGAAUAUAAAGUUUAUUUCACAGACAAAUAAAUUUUCUCACAAAUAAAUUUUUAAGUAUUUUUUUCAGUGUAGAGUUGAAUAAAUUUCUUUUUUUUUUUCAAUAAAGUUCUAUGAUAUUUUUGUAAAAAAAUCAAUUUUUUUUUUGAGUAUACAAUAAUAGAUUCUCCUAAAAUUUAUGAUAAGUAGACCGAGAAAAAUACUUGAAUUUAUUUAUAGAUUAUAACGUUAUUUACAAAAAUAAAUUUUAUAUUUCACAAGUAAAUUUUCAAGUAUUAUUUCUCAAUGUAUAUUUUUUUCUUGACAGGUCACUGUCAAGAAAAUAUUCUUUAUCGAAGGUAAUUUUAUUUAAAAGAAGAGAAACAAAUCGAGUAAUCGAUUUUCUCAGCAUUAGAAUGAUAUUUUUCUGUGUGCACAUAGAUAUCUGAUUUGUUCAUGUGGAAAAAUCCAAUUCGUUCUUCUUCUCCCACUUCCGUUCUUAAUCUUCGAAGUAAUCAUGACCAAUAAAUCCACGAUGUUUGUAGGCCGCGCGAAGAAGUGAUUCCAUGAUGGAUCCUCUCUAUUUGUUCCAUUCAAUUUCAAGAAAAUAAUACACAGACAAUAGAUACUGUGGAUUAAUUCAGACUUGUGAGUAUAUUUCGUGCUUGAUAAGUGCCGCGACGACACCUCGAGAGAUCGCGCAAAUCGUAAUUAUCACAAGUAGUUUGAUAUGCCGGCUGGAUUUCUAAACAACCGAGCUGUUGCCAAGCGACAGCCAAGAAGGGCAAUUCUGUAAAUCACCGCCGCAGACAGGGCAGUUACGUUAAUGUUUCAAUAUUCACGCUUAAUCGAGCUCAUUCGUGGCGUGCAUUAUCCAACGUGAUUGCCCGCGCGCAAUCGUUCCAUACCGAGCUCUAAUUUAUCGUCUCACGAGUGAUAAAUCCCUGAUGUGAUAGUUACACGUAGUAAUUACUCCCACGGCGACGUGGAUCGUUACGAUCGAAAGAAAUAUCUCACCCUCUCGUAUGUCUCUCUUCGGACAGAGAGAAAUGCCGUGGAUUUCCGUGCGAUUCUUCACCAGAAGAAUCCCUUCAAAUGUCUCGAAAACCGCAUAGAACCAACUUCUCGUUCAUUGAAUCAUUAUUUAAUAAAAGAAAGGGAUCUCGCGUUCUCUCUUCUUAUCGCAGCAUAAUUUCCCAGCUGAACCCACGAAUGGAGGGAGGGGAACAGGGGGAAGAGACGAGCUCGACAAGGGAAAUAGGAUCGUGCCUUGCUUGCAGUGGUCAAGGCGACAGUGUACAAUAAAACUUAGCGUAAUCGUAAGCCAUAAUGAAUUACAUAAUGCCAUAACGUUUUACAUAAUAAGGCGUCGAAUGACUGACGAAAGGAGCGUGCUCGAUAGUGCGAAAAAUAAGCCGGAGUGCCUUAGGUACGCGUGUACGUUAAUGCGUUAGUCUGUACAUAGUCGUGCGUGUGUACGUAUGUACGUAUGCGUGCGUGUGUGCGUCCUGUCGUAUGUACCACAGCCCACAAGAGUCUAUUAACAAGGUAUAAGGCAUGUAUAAAUAGUAUUUUCUAAGGAAAGUGGGGGAGUCUCGUGGGCGAACCCCCGCGUUUUAUAGUCCGCGUAACGAGCAAAUAAAUGUAUCGUAAGUCUAAAUGUUCACAUCGUUCAUAUCUGUACAAAGAGAGAAAAAUUUAUACGUGUAUAUAUAUAUAUGUAAAAUAUGUUCGCAAAGAGGAAAAAACUAUAAAAUUAGAGAGAGAUCAAAGCACAUAUAGAGAUAUAUCUAUAUAUAUAUCUAUAUAUAUAUAUACAUACGUCAAAAGUUAUAUUUUGAUACGAUUAUCUUAUACGACGAACGCGCCUUUCUAAUAUCACAUCCCGGUGCCUUCAAAUCGCUCGUGCCUUACGGAGUUUCCCGCGCGAGGAGGAAUCCAAAAACAAACAAAACGCAUCCGUCGCAACGCUUGUCGCGCCUUGUGACGGGAGUUGCGAGAUUCUCCUGACGAAAUUAUACAAAGAACGAUAAAAAAAAAAGGAGAGAAACAAAA